AUGAAGUCCUCCAUCGCUUGGGCGUUCCUUGCGCUCAACGGGCUCGCCUCCGGGUGUCUGCUCCCCGAAGAGCGCAACGACGACGGCUUUGUGCCCAUCGUCCGUCGCCAGUCAUCGACCGGUACUCCUGUCGGCACAGGCGAUCGGUUCAGCGGCGGCUCCGUUGCCCCCCGAGGACUCGGAUCCCAGUCCACCUCGUUCAGCACCCUACUCAACGUCAAUGAGGUCCAGAGCGGUCUGAAGGGUCUGGUCAACACCUAUGGCAUCACCACAUUCACCGCCCCUUACACUACCUACAAUGGCAACUCCAUCGUUGGAGCCAAGAUUGGAGGCUCGGGAACAGGCAACGAUGCCUACCGCGUCUACCUCAACGGCAACAUCCAUGCCCGCGAGCGUGGGUCCAUGGACAACAUCCUCUACUUCGUUUCUGACUUGCUCUAUGCCAACAAGAACAAUGUCGGACUCACGUACGGCUCCAAGACGUACACGGCCGCCCAGGUCAAGACUGCUCUGUCUGCGGGCAUCGUCAUCGUGCCCAACAGCAACCCUGACGGCACUGCGUACGACCAGUCCUCCAACAGCUGCUGGCGCAAGAACCGCAACCCCGCCUCUGGCUCCGUCGGCGUGGACCUGAACCGCAACUUCGACUUCCUCUGGGACUUCAAGACCCUCUUCGCCAGCAGCGUCCAGUCCAGCGUCGGGUCCACGACCCCCAGCUCCGAGACCUACCACGGCACUGCCGCCUUCAGCGAGCCCGAGACCAAGGCCAUCAAGUGGGUGUUCGACACCUACUCCAAGAUCCGCUGGUUCGUCGACCUCCACUCCUACACCGGCGACAUCCUCUACAGCUGGGGCAGCGACGACAACCAGGUCAACUACCCCUACAUGAACUUCAAGAACAGCUCCUACAACAGCGUCCGCGGCGUCCUCAGCGACACCCCGGGCUCCGGCAGGGGCUACGGCGAGUACACACCCGCCGCCGAGAACACCAUCAACCAGAACGCGGCCAAGCGCAUCGCCGCCGGCCUGACCGGCGGAGGCGGCGCCACCUACAACGCCAUCCAGGCCUCGGACCUCUACCCCACGUCGGGUGCCAGCGACGACUACGCAUACUCACGCCACUUUGCCGACUCGAGCAAGAACCUCGUCCACGGCUACACCAUCGAGUUUGGCUUCGGCAACAGCGCCGCCUCCUGCCCCUUCUACCCUACCGUUUCCCAGUACAACUCGAACAUAAAGGCUGUAGGUGCUGGGUUCAUGGAGCUGCUCCUGGCUGCUGUUGAGUACGGCCUUGGGGACUAA